AUGUCGAAUACGGUGCAGUGUAAUUCGUGUCGAGUAGUUAUCAAUGAAUUGUUAUGUUACAUUCAAAAUAAACUCUCAGUGAUGGGCGAGGAAACGCUUGUAAGGCUGUGCACAUCGGCGUUUACUAGUGGCGAAAUUCAAACGUCGAAAUCGUUACUUUUCGAAUCGCUGCCUACAAAUAAGCGACAAGUGCAGCGAAAAGGCGAUGGCAAAGGUCAACGGGACAUAAACGACAUUGUACAAUUAAUGAAGACUACAGAGCCGGACCUGAUGCCUAUAUUUGUGGCAAGGGCAUUAGAAAAAUUGCCGCCGGUCACCUUUGACCAUUUGGAUUGCACUAAACUACUAAAGGAUAUGGUACGACUUCAAGCCGAGCUUGAGACGGUUAAAGCGAACUACGUAACACAAAGUGAUCUUGACGUUCUAAAAAGUGAAUUUUUAGAAAUAAAUACUAUUUCGCCGCCGGCGCGCUUGUGCAUAUGUAAGGUAAACAAUAGGCGCGGAGCCUGGUGUAUGAAUAGCGGCCCUGUCGGAUUGUCUCACACUUCUCAUAUGAAUGAAACGACUGCGAGCGAACAAAUAAUAAAGGAUUAUAAUACGUCUCCUAUUCAGAGUGAGGAAAAACUUCAAUAUAGAUCCGUAGCACGACCGAAUGAACGAUCUACCCCACAACAAGAAGCGAGCGAAAAAUCUACCGCGGCUCCUGGGCCGGCCGGCACGGGCGCAGCGAGCGAGAUGAGUCAUGCGGCCGAUCAGCUGCGUGAACUUGAAACCGCUACAAUAACAAAUGGCAUAAAAACUAGCUGUGUUGAUAAGCAGUACGCUAUGGAACGGACGGAUCAAAAUAGGCGAAGUAUGAAUUUAAAUGUUGACGAUGACGGUUUUGAAACUGUAACAUAUAGGAAAAAGAAAUCGAAGUAUCGCUAUAUAGGUCAAUUUGGAAUGGCAAACGAGUUGGAUUCGAAAUUUAAAGCUGCGGAACGUAAAGUGCCUAUGUUUAUUUCAAACAUUCACAAAGACGCCCAGGAUAAGGACAUAGAGGAGUAUAUUUUCUCUAAAACGCAACAAAAAGUCACACUCGAACGGAUUGACAUUAAGAUAGAUAAGGGCCAUAAAGCGUACAAGUUUUAUGUAUAUCCGAGUACACUGUCAAUGUUUUUGGAUGAAAAUAUCUGGCCGAAAGGUAUUGUUUUCAGAAGGUUCGUGCAUUUUAAGUACAAACACUCGAUUGGAACACAUUCCGAGUACGGCAAGGCAAACAAUAAACCUACUAUGGCUUAG